UCAGGUAAAAGUGCUGCUGGUCCUGUUUGGAGUGUGACAGUCGAAACAGUGACUUCAUGCCAGAAACACACUCACAGGCAGACAGAAAGAGGGAAAGAGAGAGACGUUAAAGACAACAUACGCUGGAUUUGUGCAGAUCUUUGCUGAGGAACUAGGAAUUUUUUAUUUUUUUAAAAAGACACAGGCCAGAGCAAUGGAGCAGGACAAAAAGGAGAGAAAUGGAGAGAAAACAGAGAGCAUGACGGAGGAGAGCUUUCUCAAAGACCUCUACACCUUCAUGAAGCAGAAAGACAUGCCGAUAGAGAGAAUCCCUCACCUCGGCUUUAAACAGAUUAAUCUUUACCUGAUGUUUAAAGCAGUGAUGGAUCUGGGAGGAUAUCACCAGGUGACUGCACAGCAGCUCUGGAAAAAAGUGUACAACAUUUUGGGAGGAAACCCUCGCAGUACCAGCGCAGCUACAUGCACACGUCGACACUAUGAAAAACUCCUUCUUCCGUAUGAGUAUCACUUAGCCGGAUAUGGAGAUGAGAUUCCCAUCACACUGCCUCGGCAGCGCAAACGCUUCCACAGUGAUGAUGAGUACCAGCACAGCUCCAAACGAGCAAACUUCACACACUCAAACCACUUUAAUCAGUACCUCCCACCUGGACCCAUAUCUCUACCAAGCUACUUGGCCAUGUCCCUGCCCUCCGUCCCAUCCCUCAACUUUCCGCUCUACAGUCAGCCCAUGAUGUCCUACAACCCUCCUUCACCAGCGGAGACGGGAAACGUUAAACAAUCAUUGGAGUUCCUGCGUCACCUCGCUCAGGAGUACAAAUCAUCCUCAGGAUGGACGGAGCCUCUGAACCUCAGCAAGAAACAGGGCAGACCGGAGACAUCCAGCAACAUGCCAUCAUCUUUCACGUCCCCUGCCACUAAAAAGAAGGAACCCAAGUUUUUAAAUGAAGCCCCACCACUUCAACAAGGCAAUCAGUCAGGAAUCUGUGACGCUCAACCUCCUGCACAAGAAGUCAUCAGUCAGACUACCAAGGAUGAAGCACAUGUGAUCAACCUCACAUCUUCUUGCUCCAGCAGUCCAAACAGGUGGGAAAUGGCUCCAAGCUCUCCUCCUCCUCCUUCUUAUAGGCCAAAUUAUGCCAGCACAAUCCAAACCAAACACACACCACAACAAACUUUACAAGUCCCAGUGUCCAAAUCAGGCUCCUCUACCACAUCUCAGCCCAGCCCAGGACUCAUAAACCCCACUUUACCAUUAGACCCAUAUGCAGGAAUGGAGAUCCAAAUCCCUUUCUCUCUGCUCCAGAAUUUGAUCAAGGAAGGUCUUGUUUUGAACAUGGCAUCUAAUCAACAUAAUCUACCACGAUCCAAGCCCAAUGAAACUCCAUCAGUAGCUGAAAGAAUGACCUCUGUAACUCAUGCUGAUCAACCUGCAGAUCUGAGCCUGAAGAACCAAGUGAGAAAUGUCAACAAGAUUGACAUCAGCAUGAAUGCUAACAAGAGUGCUCAGGAACAACAGGCACCUGAGAGCAAGCAAUUUGCUGUGAAGCCCUUGCAAACACCUGAACCUGCCAAGUUUCCUUUUCAUAAUCCCAUUUCUCACCUUAAAUCCCAUCAAGGAGGGUUUCAGGAGCAACAAAUGUGCAGCAAGCAAGUUCCACCUGCUACUGUAAGGAUUCCCGAACAACCAGGCCUCAAAUCCCCAGGAAACAGUAAAGAUGCAGCCCAGAUUGGAGCCAUCAACUCCAGAAUGAUGCCAGAGAAAACAAUGGCCAACCCUCCACUGGUUAAAGUCAAAUCAACCUCAGCAUCCUUUGUCCAACUCACUCCAGAGCAUCUGAAACUUCUGUUUUCAAGCUCACCAUUUAGACUUGAGAGUGGAAAAAUAAGCUAAGAACCGGCAGCAUUAAUGCUAAUUUAAUGCUAAUGAGGUACUGAAAUUUUUUAAAUAUUUGUCUGUGUGGGAAAUAUCAUGAGAAAGUUUAGGAAUUCAGGACUUGCUUCAACUUCCUACUUCCUUCUUCAGAGCAUUCAUCUGUGCAACUCAACUGUAUCAGGUCAGAAAAAAAAUGUAUGCAGGAAGCAACACAUAUUUGGCUUCUCUAAAGAUAUAAAAAUUUCUCAAGUAGCAUUUAAAACACCUGAAAACAACUGUAUGGUUAUGACUUAAUUUUUCUUAAAGUAAACUAAGAUGUGAAAGAGGGAGGCACGGUGGUGUAGUGGUUAUCACUGUCGCCUCACAGCAAGAAGGUCCGGGUUCGAGCCCCGUGGCCGGCGAGGGCCUUUCUGUGUGGAGUUUGCAUGUUCUCCCCGUGUCCGCGUGGGUUUCCUCCGGGUGCUCCGGU